AUGUCUGUGAUAAAGUAUAAGAAGUUCCUCCUUAAUCGAGUUACAUGUUCGCCGGUGGUGGUGGAUUAUUUGGAAAGUUGUUUGAUAACAGAAGAUAAUUUUUCUAAAUAUAACUUUCAUAAAAUAAUGCUUCACAAUUGGACUGAUAAUGAAACAAACUUGUAUGAAGCAUUGAGCACUUUCUACACAGUUUCAUUUAUUCCAAUAAACUUUGUAACACAGAAUGGUAUUACCACAUUUUACACAAGCAGUUUGAGUUUCAUACUAAAGAUUAUAAAAAUGGAUUUCUUGUUUCCUUAUAUAAGAAAUAUGUGCAGCAUAGAUAUACUUUUGAAUGAUAAAACUGCAAUUGAAUUGUUUUCAUCUCAAGUUUCUAUAGAAGAGAUUCUAAACAAUGUAGUUAAUGCCCGAUUAGGGAUGAAUUUUGAAUUAAAUUUAUCCGAUUUUUGUAAUGAUAAAGUUUUUAAAGAAAAGAAAAUUCAUUUCUAUAAAUUGAGUCUUCUUGCCCAGUUUAAAAUAUUAAUGUUGAGAAUUGGAAAGGAGACGAAAUAUCUAAAAUUGAGUUAUAAUAAUUUAAGCCAAGUGCCAAUAGAGGUCCUUAACUUUUUUGUUAAAGGAGAUUUAAUUGGAAUAGAUUUAAGUUAUAAUAAUAUCCCAUCACUUAUAGAAUUACAAAGAAUGAGUAGUAAAAUUGAAAAAUUAUGGCUCGAAGGAAACCCUUUGUGUGAACAUAUUGAGCCAUUACACUAUGUGAAACAAAUUUCCAUCAAGUUUCCUAGGCUUAUUGAAUUGGACGGCAUUAGAAUAAACAAUCGCGGCCUCAUGUUGCCGUUUUUCAAAACUUAUUUAAUAACGCCCGGGAACAAAGCGAAAUUUAUAGUGGAAAAGUUUAUUACUUUGUACUUUUCGCAUUACGACUCACCUAAACGAUCGAAACUAGAUUCUUUUUAUGACGGAAAUGCUAGUUUAUCGAUUACUACCAGUUUUCCAGAUCUAGACCUAAAGAAUACUCCAAAAAUUGCCAUGUUCAACAAAUCAUUGCUGGAUCCAAUAAAUAGAGCGCAACUGAAGACUGGCUCAUCACCGAACAAAUUAAUAUAUUAUUCUCAGCGCUCAGUAGUGUCGGUUCUCAACUCUUUACCAGCUACGGUCCAUGAUAGAUCUACAUUUACUGUAGAUGUACUGCGAUAUGAUAAGAAAAUAUUGAUCCUAACAGUUGACGGCGUUUACAGAGAGAUUAACAGUCCAAUGGGCGACAGAUUAUUUAAUUUCAGAAGAACCUUUGUGCUUAACAAUUUCAUUUCAAAUAUGUAUUCUAUAUAUCACAUUCAGCAAGAAAUGUUUUCAGUAAGAUUCGCAUCGAAGGAGGCAAUAGAAAAUAGUUUCAAAGUGCCGAUAAGGAAUGAAAAUCAACUAUCUCUUAUAAAUCCGAAUGCUGAAGAACAAGAUAUAAUCCGCAGAGUGUUCUCUUAUCACACACGUCUAAGAAAAUCAGAAGCUGAAGUCCGCCUGAAGUCACAGGAUUGGGAUUUAAAAAAGGCGCUAAAGACCUUUUGCGAUGAUUUCAAGACCGACAGAAUAUCAGCAGACAAGUUUUCCCCUGAUGGUGACCUUUCCGAUAUAUCUAUAGACAGUGAAGUCGAUUGA